GCCGUCAGCUGUGUGCUUUGCCUACAAAUAACACAGCGAGAUUUAACGAGAAAAAAGCGACAUCAACAGUCUUGGUUAUAGUACAACAAACGACGGCAACAACGAACGUUCUCUCUUGCAAACUUUGUUGAAUAUUUUCUGUUAGUUUUCAUUUUGUACAUAUAGAUUUGUGAAACGAAAGAUAACGUAAAAUACAAAACGCGCAAUUUGCACUUUAGCAAAUCGCGUGCAAAUAAAAUGCUGAAUAUACACUUGGAAAGAAGCAAAGUGCGAAAGUAAUGCCAAUUGGGCACUUGUUUGUGAUUGCCAAAAUCAGUUGGAGGAUUUGAAACGGGAAACUGUGCCUGACAUGUAACGUCAGUUGGAGUUACACUUUCACGGGUUGUGUGUCGUCCACCGUGUGUAUUUGUGCUUGUAUUGUUCUCAUAGCCACUGUGCGUGUGUGUGCGGAAUCGAAAUCGUAAUGCAAAGACGGCGUUAUGGCGUUGCAAGGCUGGCGCUUUUUCGGUGUAUCGGCAACAAUCAUCAUCUAUAUAGGCGGUGUGCUAUUUCUAUCCAUGAACAAUAUACCUGGAUCGCAUCCAAAACGCAAUCGCAUCGAACGAUUCGCCGACUUCUCCAGCUUUCAUAGUCCGCGGUUUCCCAUGCCCAGCCGCAAGAUGACAAUACGCUGGUGUCGCGACCUCAAAUACCUAAACCGCGAGCUUCCAAACUACACGGACUACAAGGCCGGUGAUUUUUACACUGCCCCAGCUGCAGACGAAGCAAUGGCCGCGCCACAGCCUUCAACCAUGCUGACCGCAUUGGCCAGCUUUCCGGGCAGCGGCAACACCUGGCUGCGUUAUCUGUUGCAGCAGUCGACGGGCAUAUUGACGGGCAGCAUCUACAAGGACUAUGGACUGCUGAAGACCGGCUUUCCGGCGGAGAACGUCUGCAACAGCUCAGUAUUAUUGGUAAAGACGCACGAAUGGGGCGCCAAGGCGUGGGCGCCCUUCUCCAAAGCAAUACUCUUGGUGCGCGAUCCGGAGAAGGCAAUCAUAGCCGAGUUCAAUCGCCAAAGCGGCGGCCACAUUGGCUUUGCCUCCCCAGAUCGCUACAAGCGCACAAAGGGCAAAUAUUGGCAGCAAUUUGUCAGCAACAAGCUCAAGGGCUGGGAGCUUAUGAAUCUCAGCUGGGCACGCAAUUUCACGGGAAGUAUUAAGGUUGUGUUCUAUGACGAUUUGGUGCAUCAGACGGAGCGCGAGCUACGCGGCAUACUCGAGUUUCUAGAAUUUCCAGUCAACGAGCAGCUCAUGCGCUGCGCCCUGAUGCGCAAGGAGGGCAUCUUUAGGCGCAAGAAGCGUGUCUUAUCCUUUGAUCCCUAUACGGAUGCCAUGCGAGCGGAGCUGCUGCUGCGCAGACGCAUGGUUUACGGCUUGCUGGGCAGGCAGGAUUAGGCUUGGGACUGGCAGGCAGGCAGGCAGGCAACGAUUAACGCAGCAACGAGCAAAGCUUUAAAGCUUACUUUAUACUUUAUACCACCUAAGGAGAACGAAUCCUGUUCCUGUUACUGUUACACAGUCUCUGUUCCAUGCCCAGGCACUUGGCAAAGAUUUGCUUUGUAUUCUUCUCAACUCAAUUCAAUUCGAGCGCAUGCCACACACGACUGCCUAUCAAAGGACCAUGGAUCUCAAUGGAAUCGAAGAAAUUGCACACUACACUGUAAGAAACUAACACAUACACUUACAAUUAGCUUAAAGACUAGCAUACAAAUUUACAAAAGCGUUUCAAAAGCAAACGAAAGUGAAUACGAUGGAGUUGUUCAAGCAAAAAACGUACCCUGCCCAAAAUUCACUUCCAAUUUUUGAUUUGCUGCUUCAGCGAAACUAUUAGUUAAACGAAAUUUAGUUAAGCUCUCUUAAUGUUAUAGGUCCUGAAUGUAAGCGAGGACAGCGUUAAUGCAAUUGCAAUAAGGUAUUAUGAUUCCUGAACGAAUUUAUGAAAUUCAUUGUAUGCCAAUCGCUUCAUCGCUCAUUAGAAGUAUUUUCUGCCCAAAACACACAAAGAACAAAACAGAACAUAAUAUGGUUAAAGGAUUCUAAAAUUCCAUAAUACUGUACUAUGUAUGUAUGCGUCUAUAUGUAUAUGUUUAUAUCCCGAGUUAGGCUAUUCUUGUAAAAAGUUUUAUACACGAUUCUACAAUAAUUUAUG